AGUCGACGCCGGGGUGGCUCAUCUCGGCGGGCGUCGGGGGUUGGUGCGGGCCUCAAAAGGGUCCCCAAAAGGGGACCGUGCCCCGGACGGCCGGGUGGCCCUUCUGGGUCACAUGACCCGAGACCGAUCACACGGCCACGAUCAUGUGAUUUUUUUUUCUUUUUCCUGUGCGUUCCGAGACCGGACAUCACCAUGGGGGGACGCGGAGUGUGGCUCCUGGGCCUCCUGGGCCUCUGUCUUUCCUCCAGCUUCUAUGGCGUCAGUAGCUGGACCCCCGAGCCUGACCAAUCCUUGCAGGUGCCCCCCGGCUGGACCCCCGUGGGCCGCCUGGGUCCGGAGGAGCCCGUGGUUCUGACCUUUGCCCUGAAGCAACGGAACCUGGACCGGCUGGAAGAACUUGUGCUGGCCGUGUCCAACCCCACGUCCCCCCGCUACGGGAAAUACCUGACCCUGGACGAGGUGGCCACCCUGGUCCGGCCCUCCGGGCUGACCCUGAGCACGGUGCACAAGUGGCUGGGGGCCGCGGGAGCCCGGGACUGCCAGACGGUGGCCACGCAGGAUUUCCUGGAGUGCCGCUUCACCGCGGGGCUGGCGGAGCAGCUGCUAGCAGGAGCCGAGUUCCAUCGCUACGAGGCGGGCGGCCAGCGGCUGGUCAGAUCUCCGAGGCCGUACAGGCUCCCGGAGCCGCUGGCCCCGCACGUCGACUUCGUCGGGGGACUGCACCGCUUUCCGUCCCCCUCCACCGUGCAGCAGCGGGCCCGGGGGCAGGACCUCUCGGUGGGCUUGCACCUGGGGGUGACCCCGGCCGUGAUCCGCGAGCGAUACAACCUGACGGCGCUGGACGUGGGCGGGACGGCGGCCAACAACAGCCAGGCCUGCGCCCAGUUCCUGGAGCAAUACUUCCACGCCACCGACCUGGCCAAGUUCAUGCGUCUGUUCGGCCGCAGCUUCAGGCACCAGGCGGCCGUGGAGCGGGUGGUGGGGCCGCAGGGCCGGGGCCGGGCCGGCCUGGAGGCCAGUCUGGACGUGCAGUACCUCAUGAGCGCCGGGGCCAACAUCUCCACCUGGGUCUUCAGCAAUCCCGGCCGCCACGAGGCCCAGGAGCCGUUUCUGCAGUGGCUCUUAGCGCUCAGCAACACCUCCUCGCUGCCCUGGGUGCACACCGUCAGCUACGGGGAUGAUGAGGACUCGUUGAGCGGCGUCUACCUUGACCGGGUCAAUGCCGAGCUGAUGAAGGCCGGUGCCCGAGGCCUCACCCUGCUCUUUGCUUCAGGAGACAGCGGCGCCGGCUGUCGGACCGUGUCCUCUGGGAAUCACGUCUUCCGCCCGAGCUUCCCGGCUUCCAGCCCGUACAUCACGGCGGUAGGCGGGACGUCCUUCCGGAACCCCUUCCGAGUAACGGACGAGGUGGCCGAUUACAUCAGCGGAGGCGGCUUCAGCAACGCUUUUCCUCGGCCAGCCUACCAGGAGGAAGCGGUAUCCAAGUUCCUGCAUUCGUCUACCCGGCUACCCCCCUCGCACUACUUCAACGCCAGCGGCCGGGCCUACCCGGACGUGGCAGCGCUGUCUGAUGGCUACUGGGUGGUCAGCAAUGGCUUGCCCAUCCCGUGGGUGUCCGGCACCUCGGCCUCCACACCGGUGUUCGGGGGGAUUCUGUCUCUGGUGAAUGAGCAGCGGCUGCUGAGCGGGCGCCCGCCCCUCGGCUUCCUGAACCCCCUACUGUACCAGCUGGCGGCCCGAGGUGGCACCGGCCUGUUCGACGUUACAAAUGGCUGCCAUCUGUCCUGUCUGGAUGAGACGGUGCAGGGACAGGGCUUCUGCUGUGGCCCUGGCUGGGACCCCGUUACAGGCUGGGGGACCCCCAACUAUCCUGCUCUGCUGAAGGCUCUGCUCCUUGCCUGACCCCCCAUCCCCCCUCCCCGGACGCCUACGCGUCCCCCAAUCUCACCACCCGGCUGCAGCCUCUGCCCGUCCCCCGGACCCCUAAACGUCUCCCAGUCUCACCACCCUCCUGCAGCCUCUGCCCGUCCCCCCGGACCCCUUCGCGUCCCCCAAUCUCACCACCCGGCUGCAGCCUCUGCCCGCCCCCCGGACCCCUAAACGUCCCCCAAUCUCACCACCCGGCUGCAGCCUCUGCCCGUCCCCCUGACCCCUAAACGUCCCCCAAUCUCACCACCCUGCUGCAGCCUCUGCCCGCCCGCCAGACCCCUAAACGUCCCCCAAUCUCACCACCCGGCUGCAGCCUCUGCCCGUCCCCCUGACCCCUAAACGUCCCCCAAUCUCACCACCCUGCUGCAGCCUCUGCCCGCCCGCCAGACCCCUAAACGUCUCCCAAUCUCACCACCCUGCUGCAGCCUCUGCCCGCCCCCCCGGACCCCUUCGCGUCCCCCAAUCUCACCAUCCUGCUGCAGCCUCUGCCCGCCCCCCGGACCCCUUCGCGUCCCCCAAUCUCACCACCCGGCUGCAGCCUCUGCCCGUCCCCCCGGACCCCUAAACGUCCCCCAGCCUCACCACCCUGCUGCAGCCUCUGCCCGUCCCCCCGGACCCCUACGCGUCCCCCAAUCUCACCACCCUGCUGCAGCCUCUGCCCGCCCCCCAUCUCAGCAGAGCCUCUGACCCAGCCCCAACCCCACCCUCAGAGCGCUGAAACUCCCUGCCCUAUUCUGAGCCCCCUUUGCCACCUGAGCCUACCUCCCGUGAAGCUGUGCCUCGCUCAAUACCUCAUCCUUCCCCCGCCUGGCCGUCCCUCCCCACCCUCUCCGUCCUCGCCCCCACGACUCAGGGCCCGUACAACAGCAAUAAACUAGAUUCUUCCCUACCCCAA